AUGUUGACUGAUAUAGAAUUGGAUAACCAUUCGGCUGCCUCUACGGCUACUUUGGAGGAAUUAUCGUUAAACAAGGACAAGAGUGGUGUGCGUUUCUAUAGUGUGGGUCCUAGCACCUAUCGUGUCCUUUGUCCUCUGUGUCAGCAGAAGGCUCGCACUGAGACUGUACAAAUGUCCGGGGCUUUGGGUCAAUUAAGUUGUUUGCUCUCGGUUUUGUCUUGCUGUUUUCCCAUCUUUGCCUUGACCUGUGUUUACUCCUGCCUACAGAGCCGCUUGAAAAGCAAAAGGGUCUUCUGCAGCAGUUGUGGCGGCCAUUUGGGCUUCCAUUGGCGACCCGUUUGAAUAUGAAUUGAUAUUUCGCCAAAGUAUUUCUAUAAAUAAAGAAGCUACACACUUAGCAGCUGUUUAAAGAA